UCUACCAUGAUCUCAUCAUCCUACCACAUCCUGUGAAGUGCCAUUUGGAAAAGAAAAAUCUCUGAUCUUUUCUUACAUAAUUCCACCUAAUUAUCAAAUAUAAAUCCGAAAUAACAACAUGUUCCAAGGUACACAUCGGCCCAUGAAGUAUCCAUAUACCUUAACUGCAAAGAUUGCCCAGUUUCCGUUCAAAUAUUACAUGCAGCAUAGUUGGCUGUUUAAAUAUUUAUUGAUUAGCACAUUCGUAACAAUUCCCAUUUUUUAUAAGAUUCAAAAAUUAUCAUAUUCUCCUGCGAAUGUUGAGAAGUGGGACAAAAUUCAUCGGGAAAUGUUCUAUGGCCCUCCAGAUGGCCAUCAUUGAAAUAGAAAUGUAAUCAUUAGAAAAUGAUAUUAAAACAGAUGUGUAAGAAAAAAAGAAUUUAGUCUUUUCUCUGUCGAAUUAGAGCAAAUAAAUAUGUAACUGUAUAUGUGAAAUAAAUUAUGGAUACA